CUGCAUUGAUAGAAACGGACAUUAAUCGGUAGAUUUAUAUGCGCAUGACGGGAAGCUACGUGCUAUCGUAUGUAAAUAACGAACCACAAUAAUACACAAGUAGACAACCUUGAAAUGGAUAGUAACGAACUCUCAAGCGUGGAUACAAUAAUUCUCCCGUAUCCGCAAUUCGUACGAAAGUGUAGCGCAAAAACGUGCUUUGAAGUCUGAUUAAAUCGCGCUUAAAUUUAGUAAAGAGUGCAAGUAGAUAGGUAUUUAAUUCAUCGCGAGACGAUCUUGUAUAUAGAACACAGUGAUUGUAUGGACAAAUAUUUCAUGACGAGACGCAAGCACAAACGAUCGCGAAAGAAGGCUAAGUUUCCGAAGGUGCAAGAGUCUUCUCAGAGAGAGAAAAACGUCCGGCCGAGAUUCUUUGAUCAGAGAAAUGAAGAUAAAGAAACGAUCAGCGACGCUUCGCAUCCGCAUCGAUAUUCUCCGGAAUCGGUGCUGUUCGAAUCGCCUCACGUGGACCCGCUCUGCGAUAAUAAGCUCAGUCCGGAAAUCGUUUCCAAACAAUUAUCUAGGACGAAAUUGGAAGACUUGAAGAAUGAUACAGCAAUCGAGAUCGCUGCGCGGAUGAUAGAGCAAUCGAGUCCAAUCUCGUCCAAGUAUUGCAAGUCGAAGCUUCGGAUUUACGAUACCAAGUGUACAAACGAUUAUCCUAAUAAUUUAGAAAACUGUGAACGCGAGCAGUAUACUAUUAAAUCGAUCGCCAGCGAUCAGCCGUUUCAUCUCAUGGAGAAUUAUUCAUUCUGUUUAUCGUCCUUGAGCAAUAAGGUAAACAAGAAUAGAAUGGCCAAUAUAACACAUGAUGAGAGAUUCUCGAAUACCUCGAAAACCGAAGAAGCUUAUCGAAAUAUUUCGAGGUCAACGAUAUUUCGCUCCAAUUUGGAAUCUCAAUCGCGUGACGACGACGUAUGCAUUUUCGCGAAUGCAGUCCCAGAACCUGUGAAUUUCGAUGAAAAACGAUCUCCGAGCUCGAAUCAACGAGAGGAUCACUCCGAGAGUAUAUUUGACACGACGGACGAUUGUUAUUUAUUAGACAAGACGUUUUCGAUGAACGACAAUCUCAUGCGUGAGAUAAAUAGCUAUCUGGACGAGCAGUCCGACAAGCGGAGCGAGCUCGGAUUAUCAGUCCGUAAAUCCGUCAAUGGAUCUGACGAUGGAUUGCGAAGUAAUUCGGACAAAAAUAAGAGGAGAGCAUCGAGUGACGAUAAAAAAUUCGACGUCGCGCUCGAGAAGAUCGGCGAACGUUUGAUAGCGAAUUGGCGUGAGUUCCGGAAGAUCUUUGCGUAUCUGCGGCAAGUAAACGGCGGAAAGACCCGCGGAAACGCUGCGAUCGAAAGCAGCGAGUUCUUGUUACACAAGUACAGGAGGUUCCCUCACAUCUCCGUCUCGACAUUGUCCCUGCCGAGCCUGCCCUCCGUGUUUUGCACAUCUUCGACUUCGCCGAGGAAACUGAACCAUCGGCAAUAUCGGCAUGAACCAUCAGAAUCAAAUAAAUGCGAAAGAUCGAAGCGAGAAGCUGAGAAAAGCGAAAUUCCGUCCACGACGACGCCUCGCGUGAUCGGAUCGAUGAAACGUUGUCGCCGAACGACCUUAACAUUCGGGGAUGAGGACGAGGCCGACGAAGGAGAGGCGGCCAGGUACCGGCAACCGGCAACAGGCACUCGCGCGCCGGAUAUUACAGAGACGAAUCCGCUUUCGGAAAUGAAGAAGAAGAAUGAGGAGCGUUCGCUUCUGUUAGAUCUGCCCUUGUUCCGUAAAAUACCUCAUCAAGACAGCCGCUUCCCAGAAUCAACGACCGCUUCCAAACUAUCUGGCGAUGAUUGCCGUCGUAGCGACUCUCUGCAAAAAACAAAAUAUCACUGGAAUGGCUCUCGUAAUCACCAGGCGCCCCAAACGGUUCGAGACACUCCCAGCCACGUAUUUCAACGAAGAAACAUUACCCGUACGAUAAUCACAUGGGUGAUCGUUAUCAGUAUUUGGCUGAUAAAAAAAUUGCUGCAUCUCGUAAAUGUCGGUUAUAAAAAACUGCAACAGACAUUGAUCGUUCCACCUUUAUGGAGGAUUUCUUCUUCGACAAAGAAAUUUGAUCAUCUGGUGGAAACAAUGCGUUCCGAAAAGGAAAUGCUGCACGUAAUAUCGGAAAGGAUGACGCGACUUUCGGAAGAUUUCAACCAGAUGCGAACGAAUACCGAAACCACUCUUAACGCUCUGACAACCAAUAUGAACAUCUUUCGUGAAACUAGUAAAAAAGUGACGGAAGAUAAUACGGCAUUGCUUUUGGAGCUAAAGAAAUUACGUGAAACGCUAGAGGAAGUUCGACUGAAAUCUUCGCAACAGGUCCCCUUACCUACUUCCUGUCCUCUUUCUCGUUCAACUCCACCUCCUUCUUCACCUUCAUCUUUUCCUUCUUCUUCUUCUUCUUCAUCUUCUCCUCUUCCUCCUCUUCUUCCUUCUCCUCCUCCAUCGGAAUUAGAACCUUCAAUACCACCCCCACCUCCUCCGUUUCAUCCUUCAGUUUCCUUGCAAUCUCAAAUGCCAUUGAUACAACCGACGACUCCUAACAGUAGCAGAAGUAGUAAGAAUAGGACACCCACAAGAAAGUGUUCCACACCAUUGUGCAACAGGCCUAAGAUCACCGUCGAGGACUUACUGAAAGUCACCCUGAAAAAGGCUCCACAAAGUAUCAAAGAAAAUAGACGAAACACUGUGCCAGGCCCAAGAGGUCCGAUCGUGUCCUUGGAAAUGUUGCGUAAUGUAAAGCUGAAAUCUGCGAAGCGUAGACCUAAUGCUCAAACUGGAAGAUCACCCAGAAACGGUCGAGUCGUUAAAAACCGAAUUGCAUCAAAUGUCAAUCUCUCGCCAAUUUUGACUGGUUCGGAAGGCAAUUUGGAGCGAAUCCUGCGGCGAGUAGAUCUAAACAGACCGAGGAGACUCUUGUCCAGCUCAAGCAGCUUCCGCGAACGCGAUUUCACAAGGGAGACGCAGUGUCACUCGUUGGAAACAUUGGCGUACAGCCAAUCGCAAUCCACGCUCGAAUGACCACAGUACAUCGUGUAUAUGAAUUGUGUGA